AUGACCACCGAGGAAUGGCAAAGAGACUCAGACAAUAUUCAAGUUGAACCGACCGGCACUAGUAUGCCAGAUGAAGAUGAUCGACGAAUCAUUGAACUCGGUUACGAGCCGGUCUUCAAACGUGAAUUCGGCCGGCUCUCUUCAUUUUCAUUUUCAUUAUCUAUUUCUGGUCUCUACGCUGCAAUUGGAACGACCUUUGGCUAUGGUUUGCAGGCGGGCGGUGCACCGGCAGUCGUCUGGUGUUGGUUGAUUGCUGGCUCAGGAUGCAUGUGCAUGGCACUGAGUGUCGCAGAACUUGUUUCUGCCUAUCCAACGUCGGGUGGACUCUAUUUUACGUUGAAAUAUCUUGUUCCAACUAAAUAUAUUCCGUUGACAUCGUGGCUUUGUGGUUGGUUAAAUCUCCUCGGGCAAGUUACUACAGUCGCCUCAACAGAUUACGGGUGUUCACAACUUCUACUUGCUGCCGUCAGUAUGAGCACAGAAUUUUGUUAUCAUCCAACUGCUGGACAUACCAUUGGUGUUAUGGCUGCGAUCGCUAUUCUCCAUGGUUUGAUCAAUAGUCUCAGCACGAAAUGGCUCGAUAGAAUUACAAAAUGGUAUGGCAUCUUUCAUCUUGUCGUGUUAGUAUCGGCGAGCACCAGCUUGCUAGUAUGCCAAAAAGAAAAACACUCAGCGAAGUACGUGUUCAUUGAAAUUCAACCACAUAGUGGCUGGAGUCCUGUCGGGUUCUCGUUCCUUUUUGGAUUCCUUUCCGUUGUGUGGGUAAUGACAGACUAUGAUGCAACAGCACACAUUGCAGAAGAAAUUCAGAAUGCAGCUGUACGUGCUCCACAGGCAAUUGCCUCUGCUCUCUUCCUCACCUACAGUCUCGGUUUUCUCUUCAACAUUGUUCUUGCCUUCACUAUGGGAGACAUUGAAAAUCUUCUGUCUUCACCAACAGCCCAACCAUUUACUCAGAUUUUCUACAACGUUCUCGGUAGAACGGGUGGCAUUAUUUUUACACUCUUUGCUUUUAUCAUUCUAAAUUUUUGCGGCAUUUCAGUUCUUCAGGCAAAUGCCCGAACUAUCUAUGCUUUUUCACGUGAUGAACUUUUACCAUUUUCAAAAGUAUGGAUUCGAAUCAAUAGUUACACUCAGACUCCUCUGAUUGCCGUUUGGCUGAGUGUCACUCUCGCCGUUAGCAUCAAUCUGAUUGGACUCGGUUCCUAUACGGCAAUUGCAGCAAUCUUUAAUGUUUGUGCGAUUGCACUUGACUGGAUUUAUUGUAUACCGAUAAUUUGUAAACUGAUCUAUGGUACUGAAACAGGAAGAUAUAUUCCUGGACUAUGGAAUUUAGGAACAUUUUCGACACCAAUUAACUACUGGUCAGUGAUCUGGACAGCGUUUGUCUCAGUUAUCUUUCUGAUGCCAACAAAUCAACCAGGGACAGUAGAGAAUAUGAACUAUGCGGUAGUUAUUCUCAUAGGAAUUCUUGUAUUUGCAAUGAUCUAUUGGUUUGCUUGUGGCGCACGAAAAUAUUAUAUUGGGCCGCGUACCAAUCAACAUUGUCAUAAAGAAAAAGAUAAUAGUUGGGAUUUCGUUUCGUCUCUAUGUGAAAAUGAUCAAGUAACAAGAUUUUGA